CGGUGUUGCUUGCACCGGUCGCGCAUUCGAGCUGCUCCUGUAUGCGCGUAGCUUAUGUCUGCGCGGUUUCCUAUUCCAUGACAUUGGAACGCCUUCAGUGCUUUUUCCCACGCCGACCGGGAGUUCGCAAGCCGACGCCAGAACGACGCGAGGAAGACCGUCUACCCUACACACUCGUCAGAUUCGCCGGCGUGCGGUGAUGUGUUAAGCCUCGCCUCGUUUACUACGAGAAUCGGCUCGUCCGGUGGAGCGGCAGUACAUUGGCAAAAUGUUUCCCGUCCACGCGCUCUUCGUCGCCAUGACAACGGGGCCCGCGUUCGCCAGUGCGGCCGUACGAAUUUGUCCCGGAGAGGCCGUGUUCCGACCGGCGCCGAUCGGCGGCGAGGAAUUCGUGCUUGGAAAAGUAACGCGCGAGCCUUACGGCACGUUUAACGCGAGCGGCUCGUGGUCGUACCUCGUGCCUCGUACAGCGCGCGACGUGAACGUAACAUUUCGGUGGUGGCUUCCAGGAAGUGACGAGCUCGCACCGCUCAUUCUACCUGUCGACUACGACGGUGACUUGCCCGAAGAGCGACUCGGCGACGCGAAUCUUACUGUCAUGUGUCACGGUCUGCCACCGAGGUUGGCGGCCGGUGCCCAUGCGCUGGUGUCCUCGCUUCGGCGGCACCGACCGUCGGACGCGCUUCUCGAAGUCGUGUGGAACGCCGGUUGUGAUGACGGCACCGACGGCAGCCGCACCGCUGACAUUUACUACUGCCCCGCUCAUGCCGCGCCGGCCGACAGCGUCCAGUACCAGCAAGCUGCCGGUGACAGUCGCCUGGUCGCGCGUGUCGUGUCCCGAACUCUCAGCGGUCUGGUCAACGACCACGGAUACGAGCUCGCGCGGAUCCAUCUGAUCGGAUUCGGCGUGGGCGCGCACGUCGUCGGGUUUGUGGCGGACGAGUUGAAUUACUUCGACGACCACAAGCUGGGUCGGCUCACUCUGCUCGAUCCGUCGGCCCCGCUGUUCGUCGCCAAGCUGGGUGUGGCGCACCUCAGCCGACCCGGCAGAGCCGUCGUGUCCGAGGCCAUCCACACGAGCAGCGCGGAGCGCUGCGGCUACGGCAUCGUCGAGAGGUUGGCCGAUCUCGACGUGUACGUGAACGGAGGGGAGCGGCAGCCGCAGUGCCGUUCUAGCGCGAUGUGCUCGCACGUCUUCGCGCUCCUGUAUUACGCGCGCACCAUGGAACGCUGCGCGACCGACUCGGAACUCCUCCCGGGAUAUUGGACGCCCGACGAGCGAGGCGUUGUCCAAGUGCCCGUGGCAAACGUGAGGUGCGUGGUAAGCCAACGUGUGGGGCCCUCGGAAGACCGCGGGCGGAGCUCGGGUGCUUCGUCAGCUAUGCGCAAACCGUGUUGCUUUGCUUCGCGCCUUGUAGUAGCAGUCACGUACCUGGUGGCUGCAGGCCACUGGCGAUCCUAAACUGACCGCGAGACUACCUGCGGUUUUAGUAUGUGAUUGACUAAAGUGGGUGUCGUGACGCAUCAGUCCGUGCCCCUCACAUAUGAUAGUUAAAGCGAAAGCAGCUUAUCCCCAGUUGGUGGAUGUGGAUAACGUAAAGUUUGCUGGUCAGGUUUUCAUUGGGUUUGUCACCCUGUUCCUAGUUCACCCAUAGUUAGAUUUGUACUAGUUUUGAGCGUGUGGCAGUAUGUUCGCUCAUACCUGGUACUCUCAUGAUUCAUUAUAUUUAAAGCGGUCUUCAGCGUCACUGUCAUUCCUGCAGGCAUUUAACUUUUUGCGGUUGUCAUUUUUUUGCGCUCUUUUGUGUCCACAUUAAUAUAUGUCAUGGCAGUGUGUGUGUUCCUGUUCCUCAUUUUUCUUUAUGUAAGAGAUAUAUAUUAUGGAGUCAUUUAUUGUGGAAACUUGUAGGCGGUAAUGUUGUCUGUUGUAAAGGAACUUGCUUGCGACUUUAGCGUAACUGAGUAGAAGCCAAGCACUGGAGGUUUGCAGAGAUCUGUGCUCAGUUUGGUAUUGCUAACACCAUGGUUUUAUUUUCUCGGCUGCUCUGUGUGGGCCAAGUUGUGAAACAUGGGCAGCUGCUUGAAUAGUCAUGCCCUUGUUUGUAAUUUUCUUGUUUUUCUCAAUAGGAGUGCAUCCGACCUGGAAGUACUGCCAGUUCAAAAAAAAACAUAUAUAUAUAUUGCAACCUGCCAUGCCCUGUGCAUUCCAGCAUCACUAGUACCUCUGUAAUUUUUGCACUGUUUGGCUAAAAUGAUUGCCUUGUACUAGUCUUUUGAAACAGCCUUAGCAAAUACAAAGGUUCAGCAAUAUGAUUACUGCUCGUCAAACUGUUCCAUGCUGCCAUAUGCUUGUGGCUCAUGUGCAAAUGGCUUGGGGCAAUCAACUAGGUAGACACGGCUUUAGAAGGAUGACAUAAAGUCUAACUUGAGGCACCCGCAUUUUUAGCUAUGUCGCGUGAGCAUCCAUCACAAGUCAUUUCAGUGCAUUUAAGCGGCGAUAAUCAACGAGACUGGCAGAAGUACUCUCAGGUGCACUAAGCACUCUCCUGUGCAAGAGUCGUCUAAUGUAAUGUUCCCUUCAGGACGACGUACAACCAUACAGCUAAAAAUGCGGGAGGCUGUGCAUGCCUAUCAAUAUCAAAAGCAUGCCAUUAAUCUUACUUUUCAAAGGACCAUCAAUUUGUUACGCCAAGCUUGUCAUACGUCCCUUGCUUUCAGUAGGAUCUGUCUACAUAAAUGUGGUGUCGGUAGUCAAAGCAGUUGUGGGCAGAUGGUAUAGACCGAUGUAGAGCACCCAAAUGUGACGCAUACAACAAAGGGUAAAGCCAGGGCCACUACUUCAUCCAUUUUUUUCUCUUAACUAGAAUCGCGGCUAUCCCCUUUUGCUCUCUGAUAAACACGGCUCUCUUCCUGUCUCUUAACGUUGCGCCUAAAAUUUUUUUUCAUUGCACAGUCUUUAACUUGUUCUCGAGCUCCUUUGUUGACCUCCAAGUUUCUGCACCAUGUGUUAGCAUCGGUGAAUGCAUUGAUUGUACACUUUUCUUUUCAAUGACAGUGGUAAAUUCCAAGUAAGGGUUUGGUAAUGGCUGCCAUAUGCACUCCAACCCAUUUUUAUGCUUUUGUAAAUUUCCUUCUCAUGAUUAGGGUCCCCUGUGAGUAAUUGACCUAUAGUCGAGUACAACUUUAGAAGGCAGCGGCAUUUGACCCCAAAAGUGGAUGCACACAAGCCUCCAUUAAUGGGCGCGAUUUCCAGACUGAUGUCAUGAACCGAACGGCUGGUGACCCUGGCGAUAGAGAACAUGGCGCGGAGGCUAUCAGCUACCGUGCUUCGGUCAUUUGGGUGGGGCCCCUUCUGCCUUCUUAAGUUGUACCCGACUAGAUAAACGUACUCCUGCACAGACUGUAGAGGUUGACUGGCAAUCGUGAAUUCUUGUUCCCUUGCGAGGCUACUGAAUGUUAUCUUUGUCUUCUGCAUAUUAAACCCCUACUCUUCAAUGGGGUCCUCCAUCAUUUGUUGCAAAUCAUCCCCAUUGUUCCUUAACAAUGUCACCUGCAAUCGAAAGGUUGUUGAGAUAAUCGCUGUUGGUCCUGACUCAUAAUUCUUCCCAGUUCAGUAGCUUGAAUACUUCAAAGCAUGCAGCAAAUAGCAUCAGAGAGGUUGUGUCUCCUUUCCUGACCUUUUUCUUCAUGGGUAAUUUUCUACUUGUGGAGAAACAAGAUAGCUCUGGAAUCGUUGUAGAUAUUUCCCAAGUUAUUCACGUAUACAUUCUUAGUCCUUUAUUAUCUAAUGUCUCCGUGAAUGCUGGUGUCUACUAAAUCAAAUGCCUUUUCACAAUCUAUGAAAGCCGUAUAGAGAGGUUGAUUGUACUCCGCAUAUUUAUCAAUUACAUGAUUGAUGACAUGGAUGUUAUUCAUUGUUCAUCCUAAUUGUUGCUAAACAAGUAGCCAUGUUAAUUGAAGUAUAUGAAGCGAGUGUACAGGUGAUCGUGAAGUAGAUCAGUGUAGUCAAACAGAAGUGGCUGUAGUGCUAGCGCAUACCAACUGCAGCUGUAGUAAGUGCUUUGCUAGUAAAUGUUCAAACGAUGGUGCACGAUGUGGUGACCCCACCUCUUUGGUAGUUCAGGGGACAUUGUGUUUGGUACACAGCUGCUCUGCUAGAUAGGCUUGCAAACUUGCAUUCAUAUUAAAUCAGAGUCCUGACCUCCAAUUAGCUUAAUUUUUUAGAAUAUCCUCUUGCCUCGUCUCCUCUCUUAUUGCAUCAUGGGCUCAAUGCACUCUGGUAUCAGCAGCACAGUCAUGUAGGUGCACUGGUCUGUGGUGUGUUGUACCACGUGACCACUGCGUCCUGUUUACAUGAUGUAACCAGCCUUCUGCUUCGUGACCUAAACCACACUGUUUGGCAUGAUUUUGAACUGGAUGCAAACACGAAGUAGCAUAAUUAAUUAUUAGCUGCACACUUAUUGAACUCUGGCUUCAUACCGUAAUUACUGGGACAACAGCUAUCCAUUUUAAAGUAAAUUUAAAAAAUUUUCAUAUUGGUGCUUAUUAAAGAUUCAUGCAACUCGAAUUAAAAUAAUGCUACAUGAUAUACAAAAGAGACAUGCUACACACAUUUGUGGCUACUAAAUGUUGUGGUUUUCUGUACUUUUUAUAAUGAUCUUGUAGCGUGACAGAGAUGACUGUUUGUUGUGCAGACGUUUUAGUAUAGGUUCAACUUUUAGAGUGGGCCAAUGCGUUCUCUUACUUCAACAUAGGUUGUUCUUUAUUUGAGAAUGUUAUCGCCCAAAUUUUUUACAUGUGCUUAAGCAUCGUAGGUUUUCAUAUUUAAAGAAAAUUGGGCCAUGAGAGAAAAGGGCUUCACAGGAAGUGUAGUUGAAAGUCAGCACUACUAUGUCCCUUGUUCUUGUUUGUGUGCUGACUGUUGCUGUUCUCUUUUUUCCUACACUGUAAAUGCCCAAGAUGUUGCCUUGCUCGCACAACAUUCACUCAUUUUGCUAGCUCUGGAGAUUUGCAUCAAGGGAAAGCACCAUCAGAUGCAUUUCUUUUAACUAUAUUUAAUUCUAUGUUUCCAUUACUUGGCCACUCUGCCACAUGUAUGCUUUCCUCAUACCACUUCGCUUAUCAGGUCACAAUGAAAAGCAGCUGGAAUUAGUCAAACGGUUUAUAACGGAAGUACUUGGGAUCUCAAAAAUCUCUCGUAGUACAGGUCACUUCAUUGUUAAGAUCACACACCAUACCACUUGCAGUAAAGCAUUCUAAGCAUAUUUAGCAAGAGAAUGCUCUAACAAGAAUUCAAGACAUACUUAGUGAAAUAAGUCGUUAAUUUUCUUCUGUGCAGUUUGUACAACCGUAUGUAGGACAGCAUUUGACUUUAGGGUUUCAGUAUUCGUGGCAUGCUCCGUGGCAGAAUCGGGGAGCAAUGCGAAGUACAGCUGCAAACGUGUAAUGAUGCUGUAGUGGCUCCCUUGUCGUCAAAAUUCAUGGGUUUUUCUGCAGGCUCCAAAUUGAAAAUUUCAUACGGUUCAGGCCACUGCUGGGCCAUUUUUCUCGGGCGUGCUAGCUCUUGGAUGUGUUUCUAAUACUUGUAAGAGUAAGCAACGGUUGCCGAACUUAGCAUUCUGUCACUGCUGCCUUCAUCGCCGUUCAUCUCGUUUGAGUUAUUCAGGCAUAGACGGUAUCUAAAAAUUAUAAAUACUUAUUCUUCCUUCACCGCCUUCAGGGAUCUUGACAACCUUGGCUUGUCUGUAAGUGAUCGCCACCUUUUGGCUUAUGACAGGCCCACCCUCUGGUGGUAUAUAUUCUGUUAUCAUUUUUAUUGAACUAGAUUCUUGAGACUAUUUUCAGACAUAUUUCUGGGCUUUAAGCAUGUUUUUAAAGUAUCUCACAGAAAAAUUAGCCAUUAUAGUAGCUUUCUCUUUAAAUGUGAGCCCUUCAAGGGGAUGAGCAUCCUACCUACUGUGGCUAGCAGAUCUGCCUGGCAGCACUGCUCAUAAUGUCUUACUGAAAUGUUUUUAAAGGGACCCGAAAUGGAAUUCAACGAUUUUGCUCGGGGAUGCACAGAUUUAGUAGUGCAAAUCCUUGCAAACAGAUCGUGUAGUAAAGUGUGCUGUACUCCAAAGCAUGCAGAUUAAGAAAAUUUUAGUAGAAUCGUUGGCUAUUGCUACUAGUCAGCUAUAAUUAACAAAAGUGUGCGACUGACAAAAUUUCAGACCUGACCCCCUAAGCUUUGGCUCAUCAUCAUUUCAUCAUCCAUGCACCUGGCAACUUGCAUUGAUCGGAUGGAAGAAUCCUAUAGAUGUGAUAGGUGCUCAGGUUACGUUGGGGUCACUAAUCCCUCUGUUUCCUUUGCAACUGCUGCUGAUUUCAUUCACAGUCUGGUAACAUGCGUACAUGCCUGCAAGAGUAACUGUAAGCAGAAAAUACUAACGCAUGCACAAAUGUUUUCAUGGCUUACUUUGAAAGUGUCCUUUAUAUAUUCCUAACCAUUGUUACUCAUUGCCACUGCAUUUUGAUUGCCUUGUUGAUGACUAUGCUGAGCUUUUAUGUACUUGUCCCACUUGGAAUUCCUCACGUAUUGUUUUCAUAAGUUGCAGGGUUUGUGUUAGCUUUUAUAGCUGGUGCAUAUAUUUUCAAGCAGCAGAAGUGGCAUUAAGGCCAUCUCAGUUAAUGUCCACACAUGCCACCAAGUGCAGCAUGUGUGAACAUUGCAACUACUGUUGAUGCGCAAGUUUCACAAUGAUGUAAAUAGCCCUUAUCUAUAACUUUAGGCGUCAGUAAAAUUAAUCUUUUUUUGCAGUAGAAAAUAACCAAUUUAAAGCGUUUGGGAUUUCAAGAUGAUGCCUACAGCCUAACUCGUUAAGGCAGGCCUCUUGGACUAUGUAUGCAAUUUGCGAAGGGAUAGCUAAUUUCAUCCAAAGACCUGAUUUCAUUUCUGUACAUGGUUUAGAACCCUGGACAUGAGAUUUGCCAGCAGUAGUUAGCUAGAAAUUGAGCCGAUCAUGUUUUUCAGUCGUCAUUCUUUAGUUCGGGUGUGGCAGGACAGAAUGUUUAAACACCUACAGACAGCCAGGCCCACACUCGCUCGCACCAAGAGCACAGACACACUUCAUCGUCUUUCUCGCGGCGGCUCGUCACUUCAACAUCUUUCAAUGCUAUCGUAAUAAUAUAGUACUUGGGUUCAGAAGAAUGCUCAUGCUGUUUCAAGCCAAGCAUUCUGACCUCUACACCACGACCACUUGUAGAUGUUUUCAUUGUUAAGGUGUUCUCCCAUGUUAGAAAAUGUCCAGAAUGACCAAUGUUAAUAGUGUACUGAAAUUAAUAGUGUCCAAACUUAAUAUUCUGGAGCACAUAUUCGUGCUUGCUAACUGCUCAUGUCUUGCAUGUCCUGUAUAUCAAUGGUUGGUUCUACAGACAGCAGGCAUAUGCUGCUUCAUGCAAGCUGUAGGGUAGGCAAAACCUUGUGCUAUAUUCUCAAACAUUCUUUUUCAGAGUCACUUUCAUUUUCACAAAAUUAUGCAUGACCAGCGGCAGAGACACAAGUGUGUAUGAGUGACAGCAUUCUUGGCACAGGGGCAGGAACACUGGCACCGAUGGACGCUGGAUGUGUCUGAUGCUAUACUCACAAACAACUUUCUGUGGCUAUGAAAGGAAAGCUACGGACGCAAAGCGCGUACAAGUGAGAGCGCUUCUGAAAAGAGUCCCGCAUUUUAAUCCACGUUAGUUUAGGCUGGGGAAGAGAAAACAUGAACACAGUGCUCCCACUCCUGUGCCAAAUGCGUUGAUUGUGCUAUACGAGAUUUCCUACGCCAUCCUGAUAAAAUCCUGAUAAAAAUGCACGAUUUUGCACCGAAGUGUGCCAAAAUUAAUGCCUGCACAUUACGUGUGUGGCCACAGUGGCCCACAGACAGGCGUAGCGUGCAUGACUAAAGCGGCUUCAUAAAUCAAACGGCGACCAAUAAUUCGGGCUCGAUAAGGAUGGGUACAACUGUUUUCACAACAAAUCCGUGCAGGGGUGGGGCCUCGCCUCAAUGACGUAUGACCAUUUUCUUUUUUUUUUCUUCCUCUCUGUUUGGCUGCGUUCCAACUUUGGAACGGAUAACGCGCUGGGCUGGUGGUGACUGCGCACGACUGUGGCUGCUGUUAAGGGAUUGAUGGUGUUCCUAAAUAAAUGCAUCACUGUUUUGAUGAUCCAAAUAUAAUCUCACCAUCAGGGAGGGAGCAGUCUACCUGACUGGAGCAGUAUUUUUUUAUUUGGGGUGUUGCUACGCUGUGCUUCGCAACACCCCAACGACCCGCGCUUCGCGUCGGUGCCCAGCACCGCGGCUUCUGCCGUGGCACCGGGGCACAAACGACCGCGCCGCCAAACAGGAGGGAAAAAAAAGAAAUUGGUGAUUCGUCAUCGAGGCGAGGUCCCGCCCCUGCACGGAUUUGUUGUGAACACAGUCGCACCCCCAUGCUGCGGCGAUUCCAGCGACGUAUCAACGCCAAAAUAUUGCUAUUUCCGCUCAACUCGGCGGUCAACUUAGCACGCAGUCGUGCAGGCGGAGUCCGAAUUAUAUAGAAUGGCGUACCUUAAGGUGUUAGAAAUUUCGGUCGUACUUAUAGACCUUUGCGCUGUUUACAAACAUACACCCUGGACGGCUUCCGGUUUGGCUCACUGAUGUAGUCCGCUAAAUGUAGCGAGCAAGAAAGGCAGUGGCGGCGAUAUAGAUUAGCAGGAAUGCACUUGCGGCACAGUAGACUGAUCAGGACCGUGACCGGAAGUUUCUUGGGUGCCGCACUAUCGCUGCUGUUAUCGCGCAAGCGAAAAGGCGUAUACUUUAAAUUUAUGGGCCAGUGAUGGUGCCUCAAAGUAGUCCGAAUAAUCGAGCUUGUUUGAAUUGCUGGUGUUGAAAUAAUCGGUCGACACCAGUUGUGAAUCGGCAUUUACGAGGAAAAACAGACCGUUGAAAAGUACCUGGUGUCGUCUGAAGCAAUGACUGAGCGUUACGAGGGGUUUAUCAAGGCUGGCCUGGCUCAGAAUAGCAUUCAUGGCAUUGUCUCGCCAGGUGUUUCUGACUGAUGCUAGAGCCUUGCUGAAAACAUAACAAAGUGUCAGCUGUCAAUGAAAAAAUCAUAUGAUGUAAAAGGCAACAUCUGAGCAGCUUCACAAACUUGGAAUAAACUAAUUGCAGCACACUGUGUGAUUAGGUUUGUUGUCUUCAUUUAAAUUAAAGGGAAACUCAUGUAUUUAGAGGCAGAGCAACAUUGUUUUACAGCAAGCAAAUACUUUCUGGAAUAACGCUUGUCAAUUUUAAGUGUUUGAAAUAGCUUAGGACGUGUCCGGCAGCUGGCAUUUAUUAGCUCAGUUUCUGUAUCUGGAUGCUCCAAAAAUCUGUAGCUGGAUGCUCCAAACUGCUCUAACAUUAAGAUUUUGCUGCUCCAAAAAUUGCUCCAAAUCUCAGUUCGUCAGUGGCACUACUCUAAACACCUUAUUAGCAGCAGUUAAAUGAGAUAAACCACACCAGUGAGCGUAUUUAUUUCAUGGCUUUCCUCUUCCGCAUGUGGGCAAAUGCGAAAGUGUCACGUGUGGAAGCUGCAUCGAUUCAGCAUCUGUUCCGAGCAACCAAAACACUGUGAAAAGCUGCCAGACUACUUCGCACGGUAACACAUGUACAGCAGCCACAUGCCCGUAGCUUUUCCUUCAUAGCCACAGAAAGUUGUCCAGAAGUAUAGUCAUGCAGAAUCCUGCAAAGGUGAUCGUCUAAGAAUGCCAUCUCUGAACUGGAAUUAGCAGAUUUUUGCUUUAGAAGCAUUGGUUAACGGCACAUCCUCUUGACAUUGUACGGUAGUCCAGCUGCUCGAAGAAAACAAUUAUUUGUUCAGAUAGGGUGCAGGCAUUAUCCAGGAGUUUCAAGCUGUUUAAACGUUUUCCAGGUGUGGCUCAUAGCUGCAGUUAGCGAAAUUUAGUUAAGGGAAUCAGAGACAUUUUAAGGGAAUCAAAGGAGAAAAUUAGGCUUGGCUUUGCUAUCACAAACACCAAUGACCAGCGGAACUGUGGGGAAGCCUCGUUUCUUCGCCGAUGCUUGGUCUCCGCUUCUCUUGCUUGAACACCUGCAUCUUCGCUUCGGCGACGAUUGGCUUCAACUUCCCUUGCCCAAUGCUCGGGAUCGACUCUCCGUUUCCUCGCACGCUCACGGGCUGCUUCUCUACGGCAUUCCAAUCGAGCGGCUUCUUCUUCGGGAGUUCAAGCAUGCGGCUUCGCCAUUGCGCUAUGUCAAGAAAGGCUAUGUUGCAAACAUUGCUGCGCACGGACCAAACUCGACUUUCACAGCUCCGCUGUAAAAAAGACCUCAGGUGCUUUUCCAGUCCCUUUCUGCCAACCUUGGCUGUAUUCUGCGACCUCAUCUAUUGUGUGCUGACAGAUGGUUGAGCAACUUGACUCAAAGUGUGAACAUUCAGCUUUGGGGCGAUCUGAACCACGUGUAUCAUUAGAAGCAAGGCGGGGCCAUUCAGAUCUGGAUUGAGGUUGUGGUUUGGGUUUGUGUCAUCAUGAAGGUGUUCAGCGUAGUGCAUCCGGCGCACAGAUGUGGAGGAGGAACAAAACAUACGCAGCACUAACUUCUAGCCUUUCAUUUCUAGUGAACCACAGGUAUUUAUACGUCUCGGAUGGUAUGCCGCAGAACAAGGGUCCAGUCAAAAAGAUAACCAUUUAGCAAAAACAGUAAAGGUGUCACUAUAUUGUGACACCUUUACUGUUUGGGGUACGCCACCAUGUAUAUUGUGGUGUAAUCCAAGUGUAUAAAAAGCAUUUGUUUUUUUAACAGUGAGCUGCCCAAUUAUUGAAAGUUAAUCAUUGAGACGUAUGGUGAUACAUUUGCUAGUAAGACGUCGCCAUAGCCAUCAAAGAAACAAAUUGAUUUUAUUACCCAUGUAUUAGUAGUAUGCCUAAUGCAGCAUUUUUUUACUGCUCUUUCUAAUUAAUGUUUAUUAGUUGCCUUUUUGGUUGUACACAUGUUCUGUCCAGAAUGUGUAAGUAGUUUGGUCCCCCGGAAAAAAAAUGUUGGUUGUCAGCAAUGUGUUUGUGUGUGUGUGUCCGACUUCUCCUCUGCAUCCACUUGCUGGUUGUGAUAAACUGAAUGCUUUCAAAUGUGAAGGCCACAAACAAGUGGCAAGGCAUGGCAAAAGAGUCCUAAAUCAUCUAAACCACAUGAACACAGUAUGAAGACAGUACAGAUGGAGCCAAGAGAUAAGACGGUGUACACAACUGCAAGGGCAUCAAGCAAUGGCGAAGUGUCUGAAAUUUUUUCCCAGGUGACUCAGAAAAAGAAAGCGAGAAGGGAUCCCAACAAGUGCUUCGUACUUAGGGUAAACGGUCGUGUUGGUUGCAUGUUGCUUUUGUGUCUGCAUCGAAGUUUUGUAGCUGUGUUUACUAAGAGCUGGGUUGCCAAGUCUCAUCUGCAGAAGCUUGAGUCGGGACAGUUGAGGGAGAGGUGUCCAGGAAAGAUGUACCUCAGGGAGAAACUUGGAUUUCACUGAUUUUACUUCUCAGUGUUUCUAUUUCAUUUGAAGCUGGGCUCGUGUAGGCUACUUUUUAUGCUUGCAUUGCUGCAUUAUAGAAUUCUUGUUUAUGAAAUGUACCCCCCCUCCAGAGUAGCUUAGUAGCUACAUCAAUCUACUGCUGCGCACAAGGUCGCGGGUUUGAUUCUUGACCCCAUUCUGCUAAGGGUGAAAUGAAAAGCGCUUGUGUACCGUGCUUUGGUGCACAUUAAAGGACCAAUGUGGGUUAAGUGAAUGUGUGGCUGUCUACUGUGGGGUUCAUCAUAAUGCACUACGCAGUUUAGGAACACUUAAACCUUGCAAUUUAAUUUGUUUUUGAGAGUUUAAUUGUGUAAUCUUUCAUAAUUUCUACAAAGGUUCACCUUGACAUUAUUAGCAAAAGUAGUUCUAGUUUAUUGUAUAAUGAAGGACAAAAGGAUGGAAGGGAAGGAAGGACUGAGGGAUGUUGUAACUGUCUGACUUUCGAGUGGACACCCGAACCGUCCUGUGGCCAUGGGAAAAAUAAGGGUAAUUGAAUAGACAGGGGAGAGAAAAGUUGCAAUAAGAGGCAUAAAGAAAAUAGGAGGACCUAAUUGAAAACGAUAGCAGCAUGUCCCACGUGGAUUUUAUUUGUCACCUGUGGGCAAGUUUUUCUUGAUAAAUGUGCUUUCGUGACUAGAACAUUCCUAAGAAGGACAGGAUAGAAAAAUUCAGCAAGGUUGAGGAUUGUCUGGCAGUUGCAAGUUCCACGCAGUUCAAUAUAUGCUUGUAGCACUCGCGCACACCUGACAAAAAAUCUGAAUUUGGUUGUUGCCAGAUGGCUGUCUUAAUAGGGUUUAGUUGGUAUUUUGAAUUUUUUAUAUAUUCUUUGAUCAAAUAAAAUCCAGAACAGUUGGCAGACCUGUCUUACAGUUGCUGUGUGCAACACAUUUUUGUUCGAAUCACAAUACAGUGGUCACAUUCAGAUGCAUUCCUUUUUUUUUGUGUGUGUGUGUGUACUGUGAGCAGCAACAAUAUUGGUGAUGUCUGCAUUAGUACAGCACUGCCCAGUGUUAAAGCGAAUACCUGAUUAAUAUUCAAACAGUUUCAACAGAUCAGCUUCAAAGAAAAAAUGUGCUUGAUGUAUGCCGAGGAUUUCGUCUUAAAACUGAGCAGCAUUCGGUCCUAAAAUACUAAUUUAGUGCUCUCCUUAAUAAUGGAUUGUAGUGCACAUUUAUAGCAUGAGCUACAUAAGGUGGGUGCAGAGUGGUGCAAAAUCGAUUGCAAAUGAGAACACGAAAACACUGUCGUGAGCCUUGGAAUGUAAAUAUCAUUCUUCUGCAGGUUAAACUGUCGAGGCGUUGUGGAAGUUCCUGCUAUUGUUGUCUUCCAUCUCCAUUAUAUAGCUUCUUGGUUAGUCUCGCCAGAAUGGCAUGACAGUGAUCAGGCAUUUAAUCCAGAUCACAUUACUGCUGUUCACUCAUAUCUAAAGUCAUGGUGUUCUGUAGCAAGGUUUUAGUGUCCUUGUGUUUGCAGUUGCAGUGUAUUGAGUAAAGAAUUUCGUUUUUUGUUUACUAAGAAAGCCAACGGGGCCUUUGUCCACAUUUUAAGUGUGUGAAUUCGAUUCCUGAUAGCUUUAGUGUAAUUCCAACAUUUUCUCCUUUGCAUGCCUUUAAAUUUUGAAAACCUUGUUGCGUUUUACUUUUUUUUGUUGUAAUAUAGCCUUGUUGAUUACUUGCGGUGUUGCUAGAAUGUACUGUUGCUCCAAAUAUGUAUUUGCUACGUUUAGUCUAUUGAUGCACGUGUGUUUUAGUGAGCUAGUCUUCCUCAGAUGUCCACUAAUUGACUGGACGUUGUUCUAUUCUUUGUUCUGUAUUUUGUAGUGGUUGUGCUUUUUGAAUUCCCACUGUGAAACGUGCUUGAGCUUGUGCUUAAGUGUUGCAGUUACUACAUCUUGCCCCUUUCCCUGUGAGCUGGACAGGCUCAACUCAAACCUUAUGCUGCCCAACAAAAAGAACGCAUAUUUUUGGUCUACCCCUCAGCAAUGUAACCAUCGGAUGGCAUUGUCAUCAGGGUAAAAAUUGCUUGUUGAAAGAAGAAAACACACACGCACACACAUAUUCUUUAGCUUGCUUUUUCACUACUAAUUAUCUACAUUUAUAAGUAUUGACCUCGAUACAGCAAAGCCUGUCUAUACAUGUUAUGGCUUUCGUUUACUUUCUCGAGGAAGACUGAUGUUAAGCUUCAAUAAUUUACAUAAAUGUGUGUUACUGAAAGAUGCUUUGAAAGUUUGAUUUAGACUCUCAUGACAUUCAACUGAGUCAAGUACAGUGCUGCAUUUAAGUGCUGCAUCACACUAUUCCUCAGGGAGAUUUUUCAGCAGCUAUCACACCUGCUACUGUCACCCCCGUACAUUUAUUUGUUGUCAUGCCAUGUUUCACUGUUAGACAGCUUGCACAAUGCAUCUCACUGUGAGGCCCAUUUUGUGAAGUCUACUGCUAUGCAAGGUUAUUCUCAUUGAUUACUGAACUCACGGCUCAGUCUACUGUGUCAUGUGAUAAGACUGUGCAUUUUCAUCUCUUGUUUUUUUUUAUCCAAUGUGCCUAUGUCUUGUUUUGUAACUGCUGCUUAGUGUUAUUUGAAAAGGCUGUGUGUUGCUUGGAGUGCUCGCGUUGUCAUAAUUCAGCUGCAACUUAGUAAUGCUGCAGCACAGGUGCAUCGUCACUGAAUUGCCUUCCCCUGAUGUGUGCGUGCUUCUGUGUGUCUGGUUAUCGAUGUGUCCGCACAGUGACCUUUCCAUCUGUGGGCUUAUGUAAGCGAAGUGACCACUGGACCCCUUUCGAGGCACUGAGCGCACUGCCGGCGAAUGUGUCUGGGUGUGUUUUUGUAGCUUACUCAUUCUUAAAGGAACACUGAAAGAGGACAAGUACAUGCUGCUGUGGUACGGGAAGUCAGGAAUGCAAACACAGACACAAGUAGAAUGAGGACAACAUAAAUAGCUGUUCUACUUUUGUGUGCAUUUGUGCAUGCCUGUCUUUCUGUACCGUGAAUUCAUAAUGACUUUCUUGACUUUCAGUCAUUAUAAGUUAAAGCUGGAUUGAUAAAUUACACUUAUAGGACAGCAAUAUUGACGGUCAUACCAUACACGGAAGCAUGGUCAACCUGAAAUGCAUGAAUGAAAGAGGCAGUAUGGUAGUGAUGGAACCUUGAAAGUUCCGGCACCAGCUGGCUGUGAUUUGGAUUUUGGCAGUUUCUUUCCGGAUCUGGAUUACAAUUUAUUAAUACAAAAAAGACAUAUUGCAUCCUUGAGAAGCAAGAACUCAACCUUGACUGACUUGAGCAUUUUUUCGCGUCAGGAUAGCGGCCUAAGACAUGCAAAAAUAGCUUGAAAUCUGUGAUGUCACCUCUGACACACCGGGGCUGUAGUUAAGCCCAACAGCCAAAAAGGAAACCUUGGCCUUUAUUUUCUCCAGUAGUUACCAAAUGAUUUGCACUAGACGCUUGAAAGUAUACUGUGGCGGGGUGUACUUCUAGGACAGGCACAGAGUAACACACACAGAUAAACAAACGGGAGCACUUCUAACAACUGAUGCUUAUUGAAUCAUUCCAUGUUCACAUAUAUAUACAUCAUUGUGCAGCGAGGUGGAACCUCUUGUCUAUCUUACUGACAAGUAAGAAGCAAAUUAUUUUUUUUUCCAUCAACAAAAUAGAUGGUGUGCUGACAUACUUGGGCUUAUUGGACUGAUUAUAGCUUUUGCCUCUGUAAUUUCACGCAUGCAUUUAUCUUUAUGGUAGCUGAUUAGGCAGCUGUUUGCAAACAGUGGUGAGAAACUACAGUCAUUGCAAUGUACUGACAGGUGCCCACCUCUGUAGCAUGCCAUAUUUUGUUAGUGUGCUUUUAGCCAGUCAUUUACACAGCGGCGCGUUUGGCCGAUGUAGUUGUUCAGCAUCUGCUCCACAGUUUUAUUUUAAACAGUGCUCGCAUUGCCAACAUUCCGCUGCAACCUAGUAACGCUGCAGCAAAGGCUCAUCAUCACUGAUUUUCCUUCCCCUGAUGUGUGCGUUCAGUGAUCUAAACAUUGACCUUUCCAGCUGUGGGCUUUUAUCAGCGAUGUAUGGCUGAGUGACUACUGCACCCCUUUCAACGCACUGAGCACACUGCGGGCAAAUGGGUCUGGGUGUGUUUGUUUAGUGUACUCAUUCUUAAAGGAACUCGAAAUUUUUCAAUAAAAAUCACUUUUCAGAUGUG